CUGGUUCAUAAAUAUGGUUUGCCGGUGCGUGGGGCUUUGGGUAAGAUCCAUGUGGCCACCCCCUGGAGAAGGCGUGUAGUUGCUCAAUGCAACCGCUGGGCUUGUAACUUGACACCUGGCUGUGCGGUGCGUUUGCCAUCGCUUUACCCACAGAAAGCCUAUUUAAAAAGGAAAGGGAUGAGUCCAUCGCUCCUGACUCCGUAACCCCCCUCCAAAAGAACCCAGCUUCCUCUCUCUGGCUGCGCGUCCCUCAAUCUGGAUCGGCAUAAAUGAAUGAAACACAGGGGAAUAUCGACAGACAAUCGCACAGGAAAACUCUCUGUCAAACCAGCCUGCCAGAAGGAAUUUACGUCGGGCUUGACAGGCCAAUCAACAUGAGUUUUUUCCUCUGGAACUUCAUCUCAAGCUUGUCAAAUGUGUAAAACAGCGACCGGUGUCUUCUACCCCCCUUGCAAAGGAGUCACGCUGUGAUUAACGGUCAGGUUUUUGACUGCCAGGACAAAUGAAUACAAAUGAAUUUAGGCACCCGAAGGAGAGAUUGCAGAACCUCUCAUCUAGACACAAAGAGAGCCCUAUUGCUCUGUACAGUUUUAUAUUGUACUUGUUACCUGGGACUUACACAAGUACACUCUGAAGAUGUGGACAUCCUCCAAAAGUUGGGGCUCAAGGGAGAGAAGCCGUCACGCUCGGUGCCAGCAGGAGUCAUUCCAUUUAAAUCGGGGAUCAUCCUCAACCAGCGGGCUAACAUUGAAACUCCAUUGCGCUCCGUCUUCCCAGCAGCCAUCUGGCCCAACUUGGCACUGGUCCUGAGUGUUCGCUCACACCGUGUUAAUAGUGCUUUCCUCUUCACCCUGCUCUCAGGCCGCAGGAAGCUUCUUCUCGGUCUACAGCUUGCACCGGGCAAUCUAGUCCUUCACACAGGACCAAACACCUCGGUUGCAUUGCCCUAUGAGCCCCACGAUGGUCAGUGGCACCAGCUGGCAGUGGGAAUUAAUGGACAGAGAGUGACUCUAUAUGCCUCCUGCGGAGAGCAGAGUGUUCAUGCAGACUUUGGGUGGGACAGUGAGGAGGGACUGGCUCCUGAGCUCCAGGGCUCCUUCCUGCUAGGGCGGACAAGCCAGCAGCAAGCCUCAGCACACUUUGAAGGAGCCAUCUGCCAGUUUGACCUGGUCCCUUCUGCACAGGCAGCUCACAACUACUGCAGGUACAUUAAGAAACAGUGUAGGGAAGCUGACACAUACAGGCCUAACCUUCCUCCAUUGUUGCCUAUCCUACCACGAGAAACAGACAUCACAGCUACCGCUGCUACCCCUAAACGCGGUGGCACGGAAACAGCUAGGAAGCCCACGAGGAUGAGCCUUGCCAGGAGCGUUGCCGCUGCUGCCUCAGCUGUCAGAUAUAUGGCCCCCACCCAAACAAUAAAGCCCAGCUCUGGGACCAUUCCUACACCCCUGCUGGUAACUGUGAUGCCAGUCACAGUCCAGCUUGGUUUGGCCUCCCCACCUCCCAAGGCCAGGACUGAAACUGUCACAGCACCACUCAGGAUAAAAGUACCCUUGACGAAACCGACGAAACCACCAAACCCAAGACCAUCCACCUUUAAAGCUUCAAAUGAGAAAACCUCCAAACCCACUCCCACAAAUCCCAAAAAACCUACUAUUCAAGCCUCUGCCAGUACCCAAUCCUCUAAGAUAAAGCCUGGCUCUGCCUUAUCAGGCCAAGGUGCAGUCCCAAAAAAACCACAACCCACCACAGCCAAGAAAACAUCUCCCAAGCCUAAAGUUUCACCAUCCAAAGCCACUCCGUCCAAACCCAAAACAAAUUCUGACAAAGUUGUCCCUUCUAAACCAACGAUAUCCAAAGUCAAACCCUCAAAAUCAACAAUCUCCAAAACUACAACUGCUAAAACCCCCAAGCCAAUCUCCAAACAGGUCAUCAAACCAACAAAGCAAGCCAAAACCACCAAGACUCCAGUCACCCCUCGACCAACCAGGCCUUUAUACAACCCAGUAACACCACCUGCUACUGAUGGCUUCCAGAGCUGGGAGGUACCACCUACUCAGUUCUCUUUGCUGGCUGGACCUAUAGGACAGAAAGGAGAAGCAGGCCCACCGGGACUGCAAGGACCUCCAGGAAAGCCAGGCCUGCCAGGCAAGAGGGGUCCUCGGGGCGCCCCUGGUCCCCAUGGAAACCCUGGCCGACAAGGUCCACCCGGGCUCAAGGGGAGAAAAGGAGACCCUGGCAUCUCACCUGGGCCAGCACCUAAAGGAGAGAAGGGAGACUCAGGGAUUAUUGGUCCAGUUGGACUGACUGGCCAAGAAGGUCGGAAGGGACAGAAAGGUUACCCUGGUCCACCUGGACUCCCUGGAGAGCCUGGAGAGCAAGGUCCAGUCGGAAGCCCAGGUGCCAAAGGUUAUCCUGGCAGGCAGGGUUUACCAGGGCCUAUAGGACCAGUGGGGCCUAAAGGUGUUCGGGGUUUCAUUGGAAUCCCGGGGCUUUUUGGCCUUCCUGGGCCUGAUGGUGAAAGAGGCAUUCCCGGCGAACCAGGGAAGAGGGGCAAGAUGGGUAGGCCGGGGUUUCCUGGGGACUUUGGGGAGAGGGGACCACCUGGACCAGACGGAGAGCCAGGUGAGAUGGGAGCCCCUGGUCCAAACGGAGUUCUUGGACUUAUUGGUGAUAUGGGACCUUUGGGAGAGAUGGGCCUUCCAGGACCUAAUGGACUGAAGGGGGUGCCCGGAAAUCCAGGAGAACCAGGACUGAAAGGUGAUAAGGGUGAAGUUGGGAUUCCUGGAGAGCAAGGGGAGAUUGGGUACAAAGGAGACAAGGGCAUCCAGGGGGCUCCAGGGUUACCAGGCAUCCGUGGGAAACCAGGACCACAGGGCAAACUAGGAGAGAGAGGCCCUGAUGGUGCACCUGGACCGCCAGGCCCUGAGGGUUUCCCAGGUGACAUGGGACCACCAGGAGAGAACGGCCUUGAAGGACCAAAGGGAAAGAUAGGGGCCAGAGGUUUACCAGGGCCACGAGGGGUGCCUGGCUUGGAGGGAGAUGAGGGCCCGAUCGGACCACCGGGCACAACAGGACUCGAGGGUAGAAUGGGCAGAAAAGGAUUUCCUGGGAAGGUUGGGCCAGAGGGAGUUAAGGGAGAGACUGGUGUCACAGGAAAAGUUGGACUCAUGGGAGAAAGAGGCUUGGUGGGUUUCAUCGGACCUGUGGGAGAGGCGGGACUGGCAGGAGAGAAGGGGGAUCGAGGGGAGAUGGGCCUUCCCGGACCACCUGGAGAAAAGGGAACAAUGGGUCACCCAGGGACACCAGGUGAGACCGGGCCUACAGGACCACCAGGAAGACCAGGCCCUCCUGGAGCGACUGGGCCAGCCGGUACCAGAGGACCCAAAGGCUUACGAGGAGCGAUAGGGCCUGACGGUCCUACAGGAGAGAUGGGGUUAGAGGGCAAGACGGGUCUUGAUGGUCCUCCAGGAAAAUUAGGUUUCUCUGGACCACAGGGUAAGAUUGGAGAGACAGGGGAAACUGGGCCUAAAGGUUUUCCUGGCAUCCAAGGGCCCUCAGGACCUCCAGGGGACAAGGGAAUAGCAGGCGAGCCGGGGUCACCUGGGCCACCAGGGACUGUGGGACUGUUAGGAGAAAUUGGUCAAAAGGGUCCUCCAGGCAAGGUGGGGGAACCAGGACUGCCAGGCGAGACAGGGGAGAAGGGAGCCAUCGGACCUGCUGGGAACAUCGGAGAGCAGGGACUAAUGGGACAGCGGGGAGAGGCAGGCCUAGAAGGAGAAGCUGGUCUAGCUGGUCCUGAUGGAGCCAAGGGUGAAAAAGGUGACAUGGGUCCAGAGGGUGACAAUGGAGAAAAAGGUGAAACUGGGCUAAAGGGAAAGGAGGGCCCACCUGGAAGUCCUGGACUCAAUGGCAUCAGAGGUCCAGAAGGCAAACCUGGCAAAAUUGGGGAAAGAGGCAAACCAGGGUCAAAGGGUGCGAAAGGUCAACAAGGUUACCUCGGGGAGACUGGGCUGGUGGGGAAGACUGGACCACCAGGGUUUGUUGGGCCAAAGGGGUCCAGAGGAACCAUUGGACACGUGGGAGCUCCUGGUCGAAUGGGUGAACAGGGGGAACCUGGUCUUGCAGGUUAUGAGGGCCAUCAGGGAACGCAGGGGCCCAUGGGGCCUCCUGGACCAAAAGGUGAAAAGGGUGAGCAGGGAGAUGAUGGGAAAGUAGAGGGCCCUCCUGGUCCUCCAGGUGACAUAGGUCGUCCAGGUGACAGAGGAGAGAGAGGGGAAUCAGGAGAUCCGGGGUACAAAGGCCAAGUUGGUGUGGAUGGAGAAAGAGGCAGGUCUGGAGCUCCUGGACAACCUGGACAGCCCGGACCUCGGGGACAACAAGGACCCAAAGGGGCCAAAGGAGAUCAAGGUCAAAAAGGCAAAAGGGGUCAUUCGGGACAAAAAGGAGCCAGAGGACCAGAGGGUGGGGGUGGUCUUCCUGGUCCCAGAGGUGUGGUGGGCCGAGAGGGACUGGAGGGUGUACCUGGGGUAGACGGAGUCCCAGGAAAGGAUGGCGGUAAAGGCAUGCCGGGAGAGCAUGGUGAUGACGGGGUGGUUGGUCUUCCUGGCAAAGCUGGCUCACGUGGUAAAACCGGCGUUCCAGGACUCCCAGGAGAACAGGGGGGCAUUGGACCAAAGGGUGAACAGGGUCUUCGAGGACAGCAUGGACCUCCAGGGAAAAGAGGCUUCAGCGGUGGAAUGGGACUGCCAGGGCCACAGGGAGACCGAGGACCUAAAGGACAGCCUGGUGAUCCAGGGGAAUCAGGAUUUCCAGGAAUUCUGGGAGUUUUUGGACCAAGGGGGCCUCCAGGUGACUUUGGGCCAAAGGGCAUACGGGGACCAAAGGGUCCGCAGGGCGCAAUGGGUAGAGGAGGAGUUGCUGGCCCUAUGGGAAUUAUUGGUCCCAAUGGAAGCACAGGUCCUAGAGGAGAGAAGGGCAAUCGUGGAGAGACUGGAUUGCAAGGCCCAAGGGGAUCUCCUGGACCUCGCGGACCCCCUGGACUUCCAGGUCCAAUGAGUAUCCCUCCAUCAUUUAAAGAAGAUGGUCUUUUGUUCAUGGAUUCACACACCCCACUCAGGACUGAGAAUAAGCCAGUGAUGGACCUACCAAUGCUGGACCAGGGCGCAGAGAUCUUUAAGACCCUCCACUACCUCAGUAACCUGAUCAAGAGCCUGAAGAACCCACUGGGCACUCAAGACAACCCCGCCCGCAUCUGCAGGGACCUGCACAGCUGUGAGCAGAAGUUAAAUGAUGGCACUUAUUGGAUUGACCCCAAUCUGGGCUGCUCAUCAGAUACAAUAGAAGUCUCCUGCAACUUUACCGGAGGUGGACAGACUUGCCUGAAACCAAUAACAGCAUCCAAGCCAACAAUCAGCGUUGGUCGUGUCCAGAUGAACUUCCUACACCUGCUGAGCUCAGAGGCAGUGCAGCACAUCGUCAUCCACUGCCUGAACUUCUCGGUUUGGAGGUCAGCUGAAGAUCAGCCGGGUGCCCAGGGGUCUGUGAGAUUCAAGGCCUGGAGUGGCGAGGUGUUCGAAGUGGGAGGAGAGCUCGAGCCAGAGGUCAUAGAAGACUCCUGCUGGAUAAAAGAUGGCCGUUGGCACCAGACCCAUUUUGUGUUCCAUACCCUGGACCCCACCCUGCUCCCUGUGGUGGACAUCUACAACCUCCCCAAGACUACUCCUGGCUCCCAUUACCACCUAGAAGUAGGCCCUAUAUGUCUCCUGUGAGGGCUGCAGUGUAAGAUGUCUGAGCAUGGAGGGAUGGACCAUCACCCAUGAAGGCGUGGAGGUCGGAGCGGUCUCAAUCCAUGGCAAAAUAAUCCAAGCGAGUACAAGCCUCCCUCCAAACAGAUCCUGCUUCACUCUGCCAAACUCCCAUUGGACUGCAGACACGGAGGAAGCACGGGGAGCUGGGGGGAACAAAGAAGAGCUGAGUAGGAGCAGGGGAGUUCUUGCACUAAUAGCUUCUCCAUACGGCAAAAGCUUCUUCAAGCUCUUCAAGAAGGAUUUCCAUAUUUAUGCCCGCUUGGAGGAAAAAAGGCUCUAUGCCACACAAUCUCUCUAGAACAUUGUUAAGUGAAGGGAGACCAAGGCCAAGUUAAUUAGAGGACAUUAUAGUAACUUAUUUUUUUAACUGUAUACAGUCUGUAUACUGUGUGUACUUUUUUUGGAAAUACCAGAAUUCAAUUGUUAGAAGAGAAGAAUUAAAGUAAUUGGGAUCAGUUAAAUGUACAUAUAUAUGUAUGCUUAUUAUUAACUUUUAUACAUGUAUAUCUUAUGUAAAGAAAUAAUCUUCAAGUGCAAUAGAAAAUGAGAAGAUAAUUUGAUAUUUUAAACCUAUAUGGAAGGAUUUUUCAGGGGUGCCAUUUUAUUUGCCUUUGGUGCUCAUCUCCAUGUGAUCUUGCCCAUGUGAAUUAAUCCAGAGGCAGGCUCAUUUUUUUUUUAAUUGAGCAGAAAUCAUAUCUGUAUUUACUAGUGCUCCAAGUGGGAAAUCAUGGCUUUCAGUUUCUUCCAUAAUGCGGGAAAACCAGUGGCACCCAGUCCGCUCUCAGUGAUUAACGUCUGAAGCAACACAGUGAUGCACACAAGCCGUCCACAAGGAGAGUCAGUGCAUUUAAUACUUACUACUAUACUUAUUACUCAUACAUUAUUGAACUGGAUGCCACUGAUGAUUAGGGAGAAUAUCUGCAGUUGGACAGAUUAGAGGUCAGAGUGAAAAGGAGUAUGGAGCUCUGGUUCUCAAUAGUGUUUUAUUAAGUUCUCUACAACUGUGGAGUGUGAAAUCAGUUCCUUGCUUCCUUACUUAUGAUAAAAGAUAGGAGGAUAAUAGUUGUUAUUUACUCAGCACCACAUGGGACCAGGAGUCUCUUCUUCUACCCUACUUACAGUAGACAGACUACAGGUACAGGCAUUCCUUGGAGGAUAACUGAGCCACGGGAGAGAGAAGAGUGGGUCCAUCAAUCAAAAUAAAUGCCCAUCAUCUAUCCCAUCCUCUCUCUAAUGCAUGGUGCUAGGUAGGUUAUCAAAGGUGCUAAUGAUAGUGCUGUUAUUACACCACUUUGCUAAAAUAUUCUGAUGUUUAUAGUGCAUGCUUGCUUAGAGUAAUAAAAAAAAAAGUCCAUAUAAUAUAUUGCCAUAGCUUCCAUAAUGCACUAUAAUGGUAAUGUCCCAUCCAAAACAACAACGUUCCAUUAUUCAACCAUCUGUUGUUAAUUCAAGUGUUUUUGUUCAAUGCUGCAUUUUUACAGAGAUGCUUAUUCUGAUCUAUUUUAGAGAUAACUAUAAAAAUUACACAGGGUUUGAAGUAUUUUGUAAGAAUAAAGUUUUCUUUUUCUCUGUACAAAGCCCCCCCACAGCUGUAUGUAAUAUUUUUAGAAACACAACUAGUGAAGAUAGUUUUCUUUGUUGUAGCUGGACACAAGUGUGUAUAAUUGUGCAAACUUUGCUGUAUACAGUGGAUCCCCUCUUGCUAAUUUAAUGUUAUUUAAUGUUGUUAAUGUGGUUGCUGACUGAGCAAAUUUCUGUUGGUUGAAGCAAUACUACUCUUUCUGACAACUUUAUAUCAGUUUGCCCAACUGGUCUUGGAGUUUAUAGAUUUUUAUGUGUAAAUUUGGGGCUCCAGAGAACAAAUGUAUUGCAAUGUUAAUUAUCUUUUAUUUUUUUAUUUUUGUUAUUUUUCUUUAUGUUGUUUCUCCUCUAUGAUAAUCAAUCAUGUACUGUACCAGGACUCUGUGCUAUAUUAUAACUUGUGUUUUAAAGAAUUAUGCAAAUAUGUGAAAAUUAUUAUUUUUUCCUCUUUUUUUGUAAAUCUGUUGUAGACAUUAAAACGAGCUAAGAAUACCUCACAUUGUUACACAUGACUUGGAGCAAAGAUUUUCUGUUGCCUUUAUAAUUAAAGCCAGUUUGGAAAUAUAGCCAAAUACAGUAAGUCAUCAAACUCUGAACAAACCAUUUCUCGUGCCAACAUCCUUUAUCUGGCAUACUGUUUAUUCAUUGUUCAGUGUCCAUUUGUUCAAUAAAUACAUUCAAUUUG